UUUCUGAGUGGUACUCACCAGAUUUCUGCAGAAAUGGCCCCAGUGCUUCGUGCUCAUCUGCAAGUCACAGUGACUCUGGUUCUGCUCUCAUUCAUGCUUGGUUUGGCUGCUGGAGGGAAGCUGCUGGUGGUGCCAUUAGAUGGGAGUCAUUGGCUCAGCAUGCGGGAACUGUUGGACAGACUCAGUCAGAAGGGACAUGAAAUAGUUGUCGUUGCACCUGAAAUCAAUUUAUAUAUAAAGCCAGCAAAGAAUCUCAUUAUGAAAAUGUACCCAGUCCCUUUCACAAAGGAAGAGCUGGAUCACACUUUCAAGAGAAUGAUUCAAGAGGUAUUUGAAGAAGGAAGUUUUCUGGAAAGAUUUCUUACAACAUAUGAACGACUGAAAAAAAUUACUGCAACUUUACUAACUACUUGUACACACUUGCUGUACAACAAAGAACUUGUCAGAUACCUUAAGGAGAGCAAGUUUGAUGCUGUCUUUACAGAUCCACUACUACCCUGUGGGCAGAUAGUGGCCGAGUAUCUUUCACUCCCUUCUGUAGUCUUUUUGCAGCAGAUACCAUGUGAUUUAGAUUUUGAAGCCACUCAAUGUCCCAAUCCUCCUUCUUACAUCCCCAGGUUAUUUACAGACCUUACAGACCACAUGAACUUUCUGCAGAGGGUGAAGAAUGUGCUCUUUGACUUCGCAAAUUAUUUUCUCUGUGAUUUUGUCUUUCAACCAUAUUCACAACUGGCUUCUGAGUUCCUCCAGAGGAAUGUGACUGUGGUCAGUCUCUUAAGCAAGGCUUCCAUUUGGCUUCUGAAGAUAGACUUUGUUUUACAAUAUCCAAGACCACUGAUGCCCAACAUGGUUUUGAUUGGAGGGGUAAACUGUGCUCCCAAGAAGCUAUCUCAGCUUUUGGUCUUUGGAAAUGACCUUAUGGUCAGCUAG